UGGUGAACACACAGAGAAGAUUAUCAGAACUGAGUAGAAUUUCCAUUUGAUUUGGGAGCUUGUAAGAGUGCUCAUCAUGGAGAAACAGCAGAUUGUCUUGAGUGGCCGGGAUGGUGGGACUGUGUCUGGUGCAGCGCCUACUUUUUUUGUCAUCUUGAAACAACAGCAGGGAAACAGUAAAGCUGACCAAGGAAUCCUGGUAGCAAACCGUGAUGCUUGUGCUCUCGCCAGCAGUGUAUCAACUCCAAUAAAAUCCAAAGUCAAGACCUGCCUCCCAGCUGACUGUGUCUCAGGGGGCAUUACCGUCACCCUAGACAACAACAGCAUGUGGAAUGAAUUCUACCAUCGCAACACAGAGAUGAUUCUGACGAAGCAGGGGAGGCGCAUGUUUCCCUACUGCCGAUAUUGGAUUACAGGUCUGGAUGCCAGUCAGAAGUACAUUCUAGUCAUGGACAUAUCCCCUGUGGACAAUCAUCGAUACAAAUGGAAUGGCCGUUGGUGGGAGCCCAGUGGAAAGGCAGAACCACAUGUUCUUGGGCGAGUGUUUAUUCAUCCAGAAUCCCCUUCCACUGGCCAGUACUGGAUGCACCAGCCAGUAUCCUUCUACAAACUCAAACUUACCAACAACACCUUGGACCAGGAGGGUCAUAUAAUCUUGCAUUCUAUGCACCGUUAUCUGCCACGACUUCACUUGGUGCCUGCAGACAAAGCUACAGAAGUCAUUCAGCUUAAUGGUCCUGAUGUCCAUACAUUUACCUUUCCACAGACAGAGUUCUUUGCAGUUACAGCCUACCAGAACAUCCAGAUUACCCAGCUGAAAAUAGAUUACAAUCCUUUUGCUAAAGGAUUCAGAGAUGAUGGGUUGAAUAGUCGACCUCAGCGUGAUGUGAAACAAAACAGCAACUUAGAAUUGGAAGGAGGUGAUGUUUUUAGCGCUGCUAGCAUUCGUGGUCGCCCUGCUGAAGUUGAUGCAUUAGAUUUGCAUCAGAGGAGUUUAGAUUCUUCAUUCGUUGGUCAAAACCCAUCAGACAUUGAUCUGGACAAAGAGUCCUUUAAUACAGAAAGGGACUUCCUGGGUUUCCUGGACACUGACCUGUCUUCGGGUGAUAUGCCAAAGCUAAAACAAGAAGUCUCUGAAAGUCCCAUUGCUAGCAGUUAUGAAAGCAGUUCCCGUGUGGCAUCCCCGUUGGACCCAAACGGACACUUUAACGUAGUCAUUAAAGAGGAACCAGUAGAUGACUAUGACUAUGAAUCAAAUAUUUGCACACAAGGAGUAAGUGUGAAACAGGAAGACACAGAUGAAGAAACUGAUGAGUAUUCCAACACUGAUGAUGAUGAUCCCAUCUUACAAAAACACCUGAUGAGACGCAGUGAAACAGGUGGAAUUGACGGAGAAUUCAGGUUGAGGAAGCGUGUGCUAACCAGUCCUUCAGGUGUUGCCAAAGCAAAAAUGUUAAAACUGGAUAGUGGGAAGAUGCCUGUGGUCUAUUUGGAACCUUGUGCAGUCACAAAGAGCACAGUGAAGGUAUCUGAGCUGCCACAGACCAUGCUCUCCUCUUGCAAGAAGGAUAAAUCCCCUUUGAGUGCAGUAUUAGAUUCCUUGCCUGUGUGCUUUGAAAAUCACAAAGGCUCUUGCUCAGGCACAGCCACUGUAACUGAGGAGUUAAUGAUGAAAAAACAAUCUCCUGGGAGUAAAAUGUCACAGAAAUACUCUUCAAUCAGAGAGGCCCAGUGGGCUCUAUCUAAAUCUCCUAAUUUUAAUCUCAGGGGUUCAGUAAGUUGUCACUUUUCAGCUAAAGAGAUUUGUGGAAGAAAAAGACCUGGUAUACUGAAGAAUCCUAUGUCCCUGAAAGGCUCUGGUAGCAAUCAAAACACCCUAUCAUCAGUUACAACUAAAAGAGGAAGGCCACGGAAACUGAAAAUUUCCAAGGCUGGUCGACCACCUAAAGGUAUAGGGAAAACUGUAAUAACAAGCAAGAACACCUCUCUGGGGCCUGGGAGUAUGCUUCCGGAUGUUAAGCCGGACCUUGAAGAUGUUGAUGGAGUCCUCUUUGUGUCCUUUGCAUCAAAGGAAGCUCUUGACAUUCACACUGUUGAUAGAGCUGGAGGAGAAGAGUCACAGAAUCUUCAAGCUCCCUUGUUGACUACAAAUGAUCCAGAUUGUCAAGCAAGAAUAGAAGUACUGGAAAAGGAAUUGAUGGAAGAGCUGAAGACCUUGAGGCAUAAGCAAGUAAUACAUCCUAGCCUUCAGGAAGUGGGACUGAAGUUGAAUUCUGUGGACCCAACAAUGAGCAUUGACUUGAAAUACUUGGGUGUGCAGCUGCCUCUUUCCUACUCAAAUUACUCUUUGUGGAGCUAUCCAGGAACCAAUCCAAAUUCUCCAGAUACCGGAUUUCCUUUUGUUUCCAGGACAGGAAAGACAAAUGACUUCACAAAAAUCAAAGGCUGGCGAGGGAAGCUUCAUGGUGCUUCUAGAAAUGAAGGUGGCAGUUCAGAAGGUUCGUUGAAGAAUCGCUCAGCAUUCUGUAGUGACAAGCUGGAUGAGUACCUGGAAAAUGAAGGGAAGUUGAUGGAAACAAGUAUUGGAUUCUCUUCUAGCACUCCCACUUCUCCUGUGGUGUAUCAGCUUCCCACUAAGAGCACUAGCUAUGUGCGAACACUUGACAGUGUUUUGAAGAAGCAGUCCACCAUAAUUCCAUCAACAUCUUAUACAUUCAAGCCUGUUCCCCUGUCAUCUACCUCUAGGAAGACAAAGACUCAAAACAGGCAGACAUCUACAAACAGUAGAGUAAAAUCAUCUUACAAGCCUAUCCUGCCUUCACCUUUUUCUUCAAAGCAGAAACAGAACUCUUCAGGAUCAGGGGAAAAGGCUGCUAAGUCUGUCUCAAAUAGCAGUUUGACUAACCAAGCGGAUAGUUUUGUGGUGCCAGCUCUGGAUGAAAACAUACUUCCAAAACAGAUUAGUUUGCGCCAAGCACCACAACAGCAACAUGCAGCUCGUCCACCAGGUUUGUCUAAAUCUCAAGUGAAGUUAAUGGACUUGGAAGACUGUGCUCUCUGGGAUGGCAAACCACGGACCUAUAUUACAGAAGAACGAGCAGACAUCUCUCUGGCAACCCUGCUUACGGCUCAGGCUUCUCUCAAAAACAAACCUAUCCACAAAAUAAUAAGACGACGAGCACCUCCUUGCAAUAAUGAUUUCUGUCGACUGGGUUGCAUAUGUGCCAGUCUAGCACUGGAGAAACGUCAGCCUACCCACUGCCGCAGGCCAGACUGUAUGUUUGGUUGUACUUGCUUGAAGAGAAGAGUGUUGCUGGUGAAGGGUGGAUCAAAACAUAAGAAAAUAAUGAAAAAGGCUGUGCGUGGAAAUCUUGUGUUCUAUGGAACACAAGAAGAACAGCAAGAGGAUGAAGAUGUGGAAGAAGAGGGUGAUGGGGAGGAAGAUGAGCUGAAGCAGAAAGAUAAGAAGAAGAGAAAAAGAGUGGAAUACACUAUCUGUGACUCGGAGCCAGAACAGCCUAUUAGGAAUUGUCCAUUGUGGGUGAAAGUAGAAGGUGAAAUAGAUCCAGAGCCAAUUUACAUCCCAACACCCUCUGUUAUCGAACCAGUUAAAUCUGCAGUACUGCCAAACCCAGAAGUAUUGCUUUCUAGUAAGCAUAGGUCUUCCGGUGGAAUGAAACCAGGCAGAGUGUAUACUCCUAAACCCAAUCCAGUGAUUCGAGAGGAGGACAAGGAUCCUGUCUACUUGUACUUUGAAAGUAUGAUGACUUGUGCAAGGGUCCGAGCAUAUGAAUGCAGGAGAGAGGAGAAAAAGCAACAAAAAGAUGAAAGUGAUUCACAGAGUUCUAUUGUAAAGGUAAGAAGUGACACUGUAACUAGGAUGUGUCAUAGAACAAGCAGAAAUAGUGAAAGUGUUGAAGACCAUGAACUAGAGCUUCAGUCUCCUGAGAAAACAACCUGUGAGAUAGACAAAGACACUGAUAAAUCAGGAGAGAAAAGCUGGUGGUCUUCCCGUAGUGAGGGGGACUCUUCCUCCACCUCCUAUGUUCAUCACACCACUCAAGGUGGACCAACCAAACUUAUCGAGAUUAUCUCUGACUGCAACUGGGAGGAAGAUCACAGUAAGAUCUUGACCAUCUUAUCACAGCAUAUCAACAGUAAUGCACCACAGUGCCUCAAAGUGGGUAGCUUCAUUAUUGAAUUGGCUUCGGAACACAAGGCCCAGGAUGAGAACCACCCUCCUGUCUACUCCUCCAGAGUGAAAAUUUCAGUGCCGUCCUAUCGUGACAAGGACAAGAAGCCUGAGAUACCUGUCUUGGAGACUCCUGAUAGCGGAGUGCCGUCACGCAAAAACCGAGAAAAGCUAAAGUUCUUGCGGGCAGAUACAUUGGACAAACUGCGGGAGAAGUUGCAUGGGGGCAAAGGCUUGCCUUUCUAUGCAGGGGUUUCUCCUGCGGGAAAGCUGGUCGUCUACAAACGCAAAGCUAAUAGGAACCCCUCAGGCUUGAUUCAGGUUAAUGAUAAAAGGUAUCUUCAGGCCAAACUGCUUUUGGGACAGAUGGGGGCAUUACAUCCCGCCAGUCGGCUAGCAGCUUAUGUCACAGGCAGGCUGCGACCCACAGUACUUGAUAUCUCAACCCUCAGUACUGUGAUCUCCAAGGUAGCAUCCAAUGCUAAAGCAGCUGCUUCUGGGACACUAUCAGUCCAGGUGCCCACAACAUCAACUCCCAAAACUACAUCUUCCACCAGCACUACUUCAACCCCCACUGUGACGACUCUGAAAACCCAUGUCCCAGCACAGAGACAGAUAGCUGCCCGACCCUCACCUGGUGGUGUGUUCACACAGUUUGUGAUGAACAAAGCUGGAGCGCUACAACAGAAGAUUCCUGGAGCGAGCACGCGCCAGCCUCUUUCAGGGCCACAGAAGUUCAGUGUCAAGCCUACAUCAAUAAUGGUUGUUGCUCCCGUGGUUCCCUCAAGGCCAUCUCCAGCUCAAUGCACAGUCUCUCCUGGGGUCACUACAGCCACCACCAUUUCUCCAGUUACUGUGGAAAGUACUGGUGUGGCAGCAUCAACUGUGACUACUCCUACCCAAACGAGAGCUAAUGAACCUGCCUGCUCUCCUCCUGCAAAUACAGUUAUAGCUGCUCCUGCAACACCUGGAAUCAACACCUGUACUAUUCCUUCAUCCACAACUGCCACUGUGAACGUAACAAAAGCAACAGGGAUUGUUGCACCAGUAGCAACCACAUCAUCCCCUAAAACCGUAGUAACACCACCAACUGUUACAUGUCCUGUUGUCACAACAUCCGCUUCUACAGUUGUACUAACAACUGCAACAGCUACAUCUGUGGUGACCACACCAACUUCCUCUGCUGGCUCUGUUCCAAUUAUACUAUCAGGAGUUAAUUCAAGUCCUUCACUAAAUCCAAAAAGAGAUGCUACUCCACAAGCUGUAAGUAAGACUCCUCAGAAGAUGUCUCCUGGAGCAGAGAAACGUGUAGGACCUCGAUUGUUGCUGAUUCCAGUGCAUCAGACAUCUCCUGCUUUGCGACCGGUAAACAAUGCGCAGGUUGCUCAAAGGCAGAGGAUGAUCCUUCAGCCUCUCAGGAGCCCUGGUGGUGUGAACCUCUUCAGACAUCCUAAUGGGCAGAUAAUUCAGCUUGUUCCUCUGCAGCAGUUUCGAGCUGCAGGUGCCCAGCCUAGUGUGCAGCCAGUGAUGUUCCGCAAUCCAGGAUCUGUUGUAGGAAUCCGGUUACCUGCACCUUCUAAGCCUUCUGAGUCACCUGUGUCUCCUACUUCCUCUGUGUCUUCCGCAUCUCCUGCUGCAAAUUCAGCUGUACAAACUGCAGUACCCAAAUUAUCCCCCACGUCUAACCUAGCCACUCAAGCAUCUUCUCUUCUUCCUUCAGUAACAAGUUUUGUGUCACAGGCAGGCACUCUGACUCUGAGGAUCUCUCCUCCCGCUGCUAGCAGCGUGACGAAUCAAGCAACCUCUGAGUCUAAAAUUACCUGCAGCUCAGGUGGUCUGCCAGCUACCACUGCUAAUCUCAUACCUUUACAAUCCGGUAGUUUUGCUUUACUUCAGCUCCCAGGACAGAAGACUGUGCCAAACUCCAUUCUUCACCAUUUUGCAUCUCUUCAGAUGAAGAAGGAUUACAGGAAAAUAUGUAAGAAGGAGGACUCGGGUGCUGCUCAGCAGAAGGAGAGUGGGAAGGCUUCACGCUCAGAUGAUGUUGAAGUUAUAGAGUCUGAGGUUGCACUAUUAGAUAAGAAACAAGAAGAAAAUGAAUUGUCAGUUAACCAGUCAAAUAAUGUUGAAGAGUUAGCAGCUGACACAAUCACUCCUGAUAGAAAUUCCACUCCAUUAGAGAUGGUGGAGAAGGACUCAAAGGUGCUAGAGAGUUCUUGUGAUGAUAGCUCUUCUUCUCAGCAUGAUGUUUCUACAGAUAUCAUAUCAUCUGAUCAUUCGUACAUCAGUGAGAAGCCAAAUGAUGAGGAAGAAAAAGGGGCCUCUGAGGAGAAAGAGGACUUCGUCAUUUCUGAAACUGUAGUGGAGGCUGUUUCAGCCAACUCCAAAACUGUUUGUGGGUUGUCAGAUCAGUCUCUAGUUGUUCCUGUGGAUAAUGCACAUCCUCAGAGUCUUGAGAAUCAGGAGACUGCACAGUUGAAGAACUGCGGGAAGGAGCAAAUACAUGCUGAACAGGAAGAGAAACCAGUAAAAGAGCAGGAAGGAGAUGUGCAGACACAGAUGAAGGAGGACAACAAGGCAGGUUCUGGGUCAUCACAGAGUCAACAAGAGCAAGAUACACAGCUGGAGAACAAGAAUGAACAGAGAGGGACUGAACUGUCUCAGAGCAAACAAGAAUGCCAGGGUGAUGCCAUGCAGCCAGAUAUGGAAAGGAAGGAGUACAAGGGCUCUACAGAAGCAGAAAGCAUAAGAGAGAAAAAAGGAAUUAAGUCUGAAAUCAGUUCUGCAAGAGAGCAGGAUAAUGCUUCAGGUGAAAAGCAUACAGUCAAUACCAAGGAAGGCAAAGCAAGCGUAGCUAGGCAGGAAUGCAAUAACAACAAAGAACAAGAUGCUUUUGAUUCUCAGGAAGAAAUGAAAACAGGUCAUGAGAUUGUAACACAUGUCAACAGUUCUUGGAGCAAAAUAUCUAGCAUUGUACCCACUUUAGAAAAUAAAAGCGAGGCGGAUAACAAAGCUGAUACAUCUGAGAAAAGGGACUUCCUGACACCAGAACAGAGGGCACAGGAACCCAGGCAUCACAAAAAGGGUUACAUGCCCACUAUUGAUAUAACUGCUGAUGAUAUGGAAGAGGAAGAAGAGGAAGAUGAUGAGGAGGAUGAAGAGGAUGAAAAAACUGAUGAUUCUGCUGAUGAGAUGCUGGAUGGUGCUUCUGACUUCCCAAGUGAAGAUGAAGUAGAUAUUGAAAAAGUGGAUGCGUGUGAAUACAGUGAGGAUGACGAGCAGGUGGACAUUGAGACCGUGGAGGAGCUUUCAGAGAAGAUUAACAUUGCCCGUCUGAAGGCCACAGCUGCUAAUAUCCGACCUUCCAAACAGAAAUACCAUGCUCGUAAAUCUUCGGAUGAAAAAUUAUCAGAAAAACCUACGAAGCAGAAACCUCAAUUCUGGAACAGAAAGCUGAAGACUGAGGCAGAAGCCUUUGCUCAUUACCGCCAGACACAUACAGCAAAUGAACGCCGGCGACGUAAUGAAAUGAGAGAUCUCUUUGAAAAGCUGAAGAGAACUCUGGGGUUACACAACGUUCCCAAGGUCUCCAAAUGCUACAUUCUCAAGCAAGCCUAUGAAGAAAUCCAAGGAUUGACUGAUCAGGCAGAUAAACUUAUUGGACAGAAGAACUUACUGACACGCAAACAGGAUGUUUUGAUUAGAAAAGUAUCUACGCUUUCAGGGAAGACAGAAGAGGUUGUCCUGAAGAAGCUCGAAUAUAUUUAUGCCAAACAAAAAGCAGUAGAAGCACAAAAAAAGAAGAAACAAGCUGAGCCAGAGGAAUCUGUUGUAACCUCAACUGCUAGCACACAGCAAGAAGGAUCUUCUGCUCCCUCCAGAGAGCUGACCCAAAUGACUAUGACAAAUAGAAGAGGCAAGCCAUUGAUACUCACCAGAAAAGGAGGCCGUGCCACAGGGGACACCUCAUCCUCUCUUACACUAACUGCUGCAAGCCUAGUGAUGACUCCGCAGGGGCAGGUGCUUACACUGAAGAGCCCACUGGUACCAGGGCAGGUGGCAGCUGUUCCGUCCACGCUAUUGCAAGCUGAGUUAAAGCCUCGAGCUGUCAGUACUACCAUGGCAGCACAGCCAGAAAGCGAAGAUUCAUUCAUGAUGCCAAAGAUUGUUAAUGUAACAUCACUGGCUGCUGAGGGAAGCGUGAGUCUAAACCUGAACAAAAACAAAAAUUCUAAUAUAACAACAGCUGCAGGUGCUCAGGCUUCUGAGAAAUCCUUGGUUGUAACACCCCUUGAAAGUAGGAAGAGUGAUAACAUCCUUUCAGAAGAAAAAGCCAAACCAUGUCCUGGAGAUGGUGGUGGAGAUGGAAGAAAUGCCACAGGUCCCACAAAAGUUUUCUCUGAAAAUAAAGAUGGCUUUCCACAGCUCCGGAAUGUAUCAUCUACAAAGGAACCUCCAGAGUCCUUCAGCAAAAAGCUUUGCAUUGGUGAGUUUGUUGGAAGCCAAGCCAGGAGGAAAGAUGGGGAUCCCGGAGGGGAAAGAUUAAAAUCUAAAGAAUUGCCGUUCCGCAAGCUGCAGAUCAAAGACUCCAGGAUAGAAAUGGAAUUGAGGAAAGUAGCAUCUGCAAUGGAGGAAGCAGAACUGGAUGCAAGUGAGUUGCUGAGCAGCAUCGAGGAGAGUGAUGACACCGAUGAAACCCUCACUUCACUGCUCAAUGAGAUUGCCUUCCUCAAUCAGCAGUUGAACGAUGAUGCUUCAGCUAUGUCAGAACUGCCCAAUACUCUAAACUCAGAGUUCUCUCAUGAAGAUGCAGAAGCUCGUCGGGGAACAGCCAGUGAUCUCACUGCUGCAGAUGGGUCUUCCUUCCAGUUUGGCCAUUUGGGAGGUGGUUUUAAAGACCUUUCUGAAGUUCCAGGGAGUGGUGGCUCUAUAAGCCCUCUCCUGCUGCACCUGGAAGAUGAUGACCUUACUGACGGGGACAAGAACUCCGGGGAGCCUUCAUCUGAAGCAGAUAUUUUAAAGAUAGUAAUAGGUGCUGAAAUGAAGGAUCCUCUUCCCAAUCUGUCCGUAACCAGUGGUGGGAAUGGCAAAACCGUAACAACCUUGUCAGAGACCACUAAUGUGACCCCACCGGUUUUGCAGAUGAAAACUAGUCCAGAAGCUAGUAGUGCCGACACUUUGUGGAGGCCCAUGCCCAAGCUGGCACCACUUGGCUUGAAAGUGGCAAGUCUGCCACUGGACUCAGAAGGGCAGAGUAACAAAGUGAUGCCCUUAUUGGCACCUGUAGUUGCAAAACUGGCACCCAGUGGGGCAAAAACUUCAUUAUCUGCAACUGUUCAAGAAGGACAGGAUAACAAAGUGAUGCCCACGUUAGCACCUGUGGUUACGAAAUUGAAUACUACUGGGACCUUGCCUUCAAAUUCAGCAGGCAAAUAA